AUGGGCCUCGUCACCAACCCCUUUGCCAAGAACAUCAUUCCCAACCGCUACAUUGUCGUCUACAACAACUCGUUUGGCGAGGAGGCCAUCUCUGCCAAACAGGCCCAGUUUGCUGCUAAGAUCGCGAAGCGCAACCUCGGAAAGCGAGGUCUCUUCGGCAACGAGUUGUCUACCGCCAUCCACUCCUUCAGCAUGCACACCUGGCGUGCCAUGGCCCUCGAUGCCGAUGAUAUCAUGAUCAAGGACAUUUUUGACGCCGAAGAGGUUGCUUACAUUGAGGCCGACACCAAGGUCCAGCACGCCGCCCUCGUUGCCCAGACGAAUGCUGCCCCUGGCUUGAUCCGCCUCUCCAACAAGGCCGUCGGUGGACAAAACUACAUCUUCGACAACUCUGCUGGCUCCAACAUCACAGCUUACGUUGUCGACACUGGCAUUCGGAUUACCCACAGCGAGUUUGAGGGCCGUGCCACCUUUGGUGCCAACUUUGUCAACGAUGACACCGAUGAGAACGGCCACGGCAGCCACGUUGCUGGCACUAUUGGCGGUGCUACCUUUGGAGUGGCCAAGAACGUUGAGCUCGUUGCUGUCAAGGUCCUCGAUGCCGACGGCUCUGGCAGCAACUCUGGCGUUCUCAACGGCAUGCAAUUCGUUGUUAACGACGUCCAAGCCAAGAAGCGCUCCGGCAAGGCUGUGAUGAACAUGUCUCUGGGUGGUUCAUUCUCUACUGCUGUCAACAACGCCAUUACGGCUUUGACCAACGCUGGUAUUGUCCCCGUUGUCGCUGCCGGUAACGAGAACCAAGACACUGCCAAUACCUCUCCCGGCUCUGCCCCUCAGGCCAUUACUGUCGGUGCCAUCGAUGCCACCACCGACAUCCGAGCCGGCUUCUCCAACUUUGGCACUGGUGUUGACAUCUAUGCUCCUGGUGUUGACGUUCUGAGCGUCGGCAUCAAGUCAGAUAUCGACACUGCAGUCCUCAGCGGUACCAGCAUGGCUUCUCCCCACGUUGCUGGUCUUGCUGCCUACCUGAUGGCUCUUGAGGGUGUCUCCAAUGUUGACGAUGUCAGCAACCUCAUCAAGAACUUGGCUGCCAAGACGGGUGCUGCUGUGAAGCAGAACAUUGCUGGGACCACCAGCCUCAUCGCCAACAACGGCAACUUUUAA